UGCCGCCGCCCACGCAUGCCGCUCUGUUCGAGCCUUGCUGUUCCUCGCUGCUCCUCUCCUUCAUCUUCUCCAUCUUCCCCAACGCCACAUGCCACCAUCAUCCUACCACCCGCCGCCCCUUUCUUUUUCGCCGCCUGUCGCCACCAUCCUCUUCCUUCUGCAGCCACUGCCUUUCUUCUCCAAACUGCCGCCACUGCCCACUGUUCUCCGACAUCGCUCUGCCUUGCCCUCCACCGUGGAGGAGGGAAGACCGUAGAAGUGGACAGAUCGAGAAAGAGGAGAAGACCGUGGAUAAGGCUGAUACAAAGCGCGGGUCCAGCUGCCGGGAGAAAAAAUAGCGCGAAGAGAGAAGAAAUAGAGAACCGGAGAUACCAAGAGUUCUCUGUAAGCGACGGGAUGCCGCAGGCGAAGAUUAGCACCUUCUUCAAGCCCUCCUCCUCCCACAUACCUCCUGUCUUGCCGCCGCCGCCGCCGCCUCUCGAGAUCCCAGUCACCUACACGCGCCGGCAUCCUAAUCCAGAAACCAAGAGCGAUAUUGAUGGAAGGCAAUUAGUUAGCGGUGAGAUAGAAAAGAGGAACGAUAGAAUAGCAGUUUCUUCAUUGAGAUCUGAUCCUGUCGGCAAGCUUGUCAACAAGAAGAGGAGUUAUGCUCAGUAUCAUUUAGAAUUGGGACAGUCCGAUUUCCUCCUGCACACUUGCUCCGUUUGUGGUCUGACAUAUGCUCGUGGUGAUGAGGGGGAUGAGAAGGUUCACAAGACCUUCCAUAAGAGCUAUUAUGAGGGGAUCCAAUUUAAGGGUUGGCGCAGUGAAAGAGUGGUCUCUAGACCUAGCUGCAAUGGAGACCGCAUCUUGUUGGUGUUGGAUUCUGAUCCCCCAGCUCAAAAGCGCAAGGUUCAAGAGAUCAUUAAGAUGAUGGAGAAAGAGCUUGGGUUCGGCGAUGACCAGCUUCUUCAUAAGCUGUGCGAGGUAUACCUGUUUAUUUCACGUCAAAGGAUUGUUGGUUGCCUUGUUGCUGAACCGAUAAAAAAAGCACAUAGAGUUAUUUCUAGCUCUUCCUCAUGUGAAGAUUCUGAUGAUAUAUCGCACAAGUUGGCAGUGGCUGAUACCGAGUCGAUGAGACCAAAGCCAACCAUACAAUUUGGAGGUUUUAGUUUUAAGAGGGAAGUCAUUAAAAGUUGUUCAGCUCGUAGCUCCAAGGUGGAUCAAUGGGAUAGUGGAGCUAUCCGAUGUGAGGAGGAAGCUGUGCUAGCUGUUUGUGGCUUUAGGGCUAUUUGGGUUGUACCAUCCCACAGAAGGAAGGGAAUUGCCUCACAACUAUUAGAUGUGGCAAGGAAGAGUUUCUACAACAACAAAUUGUUAGACCACUCUCAGUGUGCAUUCUCUCCACCAACCUCUGGUGGCAAGGCAUUGGCAUCAAGCUUUAGUAGCAGCAACUCAUUCCUGGUUUACAUGGCAGAGGAUGUUUAGGAAAAUCUUUGUAUAUGGGUCUCUUUGUAUCAGGAUAUCAUUUUCAGAGGAUCAAUUAUUUUAAAAAAUCAUAAGCGGAGAAAAUCGUUUAAUUAGAUAUAAAUCAUGCACCAGUUGAUUGGUUAGUCCGAAAUGCAGUGAUGUAGAAUUUUAUUGUUCUUGACUUCUUUUUUUCCAAAUAGAAAUGCUACUCUGGCUAAAGUUUAUCUCACACAUAGAUUUUUGAACAUCUGCAGCUAACAUAUCAUGUGAAGCAAAGAAACAACGUCUGUAUUUUAGUCAGACUGGUUCUUAUCUUGUAAAGCAAAGAUGUUAUUAUUUACAUUGGGUUUUUAAAUGUUUUCACUCA